UCUGUCCCCCAGCAGUAAAGGCCAUGGUGGCAGGCGCUGGUGGCCUCGUCUCUGGAGGGAGGAACGCUGGCACCAAGCGAGUGUCUGGGCAUCGUCACCAGGCUGGGGCGCAGCCCCGGCUCUGCCACCAGGAGGGUGACGUCCCCCAGGGCUGGCGCGUGGCGGGCAGCAGCUCCUGGAGCCCACCGUUCUCCCAGUGAGGCACCACGGAGCCGGAGCAGGCAGGGUCGGACCCGGCCAGAUCCCCCGGCGCCCGCUGGACACGCAGGGACCGACCCGCCGGGCACCCAGCAUGCCCACCAAGACACUCUGGCUGCCUCUGGCGUGGCUAGUGGCUGCAGCCACGGUCACUGUCACCCCGGUGCUCGCUCUGGAGCCCUCUCCCAGCUGGAUGACGCUGCUCGGAGAGCCCCCGACGCCGCCUGCGCCCCCUGCUCGUAUCCCCGCUCCCACGGGGGACGCGGGGGGCCCCGUCCUGCCCGCGCCCACCCCCAGCGCCCCUCCCGAGGGGCUGCCUGGCUGGGGUGUCACAGACGCCGCCAGCCCCACAGCGCCGGAGGGAGCCCCGGAGGAGCCGGACACCGCGGCCAGCGGGACCACGGCAGUGCCCACCCCCGGCACCAGCGCCCCGCCGUGCCCUGGGGACGAGGAGCCGACUGACCUCUGCGGGGAGCCCACGGGGGAGCAGCGGGCUGCCGUGGCCGAGGCCCUGGUCACCUUCGCCCUCCGCUUCUACCAGCGCAUGGCGGAGGCCGCCCAGCCCGACGCAAACCUGCUCUUCUCCCCCAUCAACGUCGCCGUGGGGCUCUCGCACCUGCUGCUGGGCGCCCGCGGAGAGACCCGGGAGCGCCUGGCCGCCCUCCUGGCGUACCCGCAGGGGCUGGAGUGCGUGCACGGCGCCCUGCAGCAGCUGGCCGGCGCGCCAGGCCUCUUCUCGGCCUCCCAGAUCUUCUACCACCCAGAGCUGCGCCUCCGGCCGCGCUUCCUCAACGACUCCCUGCGCUUCUACGGCGCCCGCCCGUACGCCCUGAGCGGCAACGAGAGCCUGGACCUGCAGCGCAUCAACGCCUGGGUGCGGGAGGCCAGCAAGGGGCUGCUGCCCACGCUGCUGUCCGCGCUGCCCCCCGAGCCCAGCCUGCUGCUGCUCAGCGCCGUCCACCUGCGCGCCGCCUGGCGCACGCCGCUGGACCGUAAGAAGACGGUGCUGCUGCCCUUCCUGCGGCCCGGGCUCCCCCCGCGCAAGGUGCCCACCAUGACCAGCGCCAAGUACCCGGUGGCCUCCUUCAGUGACUCCCGCCUGCAGGUCCAGGUGGGGCGGCUGGAGCUGAAUGGGGGGCUGAGCCUCGUGGUGCUGAUGCCACGGGGGCCGCUGGAGCCUCUGGAGACCCUGGAGCGGGCGCUGGACCCCACGACCUUCCUGGCGCUGCUACGGCGGGCGGCCCGCACCCCGCCCCGGGCCACCGCUCUGUCCCUGCCCCGCCUGCGCCUCGACCUCUCCCUGGACGUGGUGCCUCUGGUGCACGACAUGGACUUCGGGCUGUUCCUGGACGCGGAGCUGUGCGGGCUGGCGCGGGGCCCGGCCGCGGUGGACACGGCGCUGCACCGGGCGGUGCUGGCGCUGGACGAGGCAGGCGUGGAGGCGGCGGCGGCCAUGGCCACCUCGGUGGCGCGCUCGGCCCUGGUGCUGGAGGCCCUGCGCCCCUUCCUCUUCGUCCUCUGGCACAACUCCGGCGACUUCCCCGUCUUCAUGGGCCGUCUCAGCGACCCCCAGCCCUGACUCUGUCCCUCCAUCCUUCCAUCCCUCCAUCCUUCCCUUCCGUCUCCCCCCAUCCCUGCCUCUUCCUCUCCCUGCUUCCCUCUUUCCCCCUCCUUUACCCCUUUCUUCUCUCUCUCUCUCUCUCUCUCUCCUUCCAUCCUUCCUUCCCUCGUCUCUCCUCCCUCCCUCCCUUCAUCCCUUCUCUCUCCGUUCUUCUCAUCUCUGCAUCCCUUCUCCCUCCCUGCUUCCUCCCUCCCAUCUCCCCCCUUUCCCAUCCCAUCUCCCAGGGCACCAGGGGGUCCCUGCUCCUCCCGUGCCUCAGUUUCCCCCGCCAAUAAAUGCACCA